AUGACUGGGCAAUCCAAGCCUGCCAUUUCGCCCUGGGGAGGCGCCGUUGCCGGUGCCACCGGUGCUGUCCUUGCCAAUGCCCUCGUAUACCCUCUCGACAUUGUCAAAACAAAACUGCAGGUUCAGGAACCGCCAAAAGCCGGCGCGCCCGCCAACGAGAACGCUGCGCCGCAUUACUCCUCGACCUGGGAUGCCAUUUCGAAAAUUCUCCAAGAGGAAGGUGUCGAGGGUCUCUAUACUGGUAUGAGCGGAUCCUUGCUCGGUGUCGCGUCCACCAAUUUUGCCUACUUUUAUUGGUACACUGUCGUCCGCUCCGUAUACGCAAACUACAGCAAGAGUACCGCCGCCAACUCAACCGCCACCGAGCUGUCUCUUGGCGCCGUUUCUGGCGCUCUCGCCCAGCUCUUUACAAUCCCCGUUGCCGUCGUAACGACCAGACAGCAGACAGCUACCAAAGCCGAGCGUCGCGGGCUGCUUGCUACUGCAAAGGAAGUCAUUGAAGGCCCAGAUGGCGUCAGUGGUCUCUGGAGAGGCUUGAAAGCCAGUCUGGUUUUGGUUGUAAACCCGGCCAUCACGUAUGGCGCCUACGAGCGUCUCAAGGAAACAUUCUGCCCCGGUAGAACUAGCCUCAAGCCCUGGGAGGCGUUCCUUCUCGGCGCAACAUCCAAGGCACUGGCAACUAUUGCUACGCAGCCUUUGAUCGUCGCCAAGGUCGGCCUGCAGUCGAAGCCUCCAGCAUCGAGAAAUGGAAAGCCAUUCAAGAGCUUCGGGGAAGUGAUGGCUUUCAUCGUAAAGAAUGAAGGUCUGCUUGGCCUCUUUAAGGGUAUUGGUCCUCAGAUCAUGAAGGGAUUCCUUGUGCAAGGCAUUCUCAUGAUGACCAAAGAAAGGGUGGAACUGCUGUUUGUUCUCUUCUUUAGAUGGCUGGCAAGCCUUCGUUCCAAGAAGAUUCCACAAGCUGCCGGCGCCAUUGUGAGCCAAGCCGCGACGAGCGCACCGCUGCUCACCACCAAAUAG